AUGAUUAAAAGACCAUCAAAUAGUAAGAAGAAGGCUAAUCUUCGAAGAUUGACAGGUGCAUUAAGGGAUUUGCUAGGCGAAGAGGAGCCAAAGAAAGAAGAGAAUCUAAAACAAAUUACUCGAGAUGGUGUGGUUUACAUCAUGUCUAAAGAGAAUCGAUUAAUUCCUAAAUUGUCAGACGAAGAGGUUAUGGAGCGUCAUAAGAAAGCAGACGAGAAUAUGAAACGCGUAUGGUCCCAGAUCAUACAAAAAUAUGAAAGUAUAGAUAAUCAAGGUGAUGUAAUAGAUUUACAAACUGGAGAAGUCAUAGAAGAUAAUGGCCAUUUACGAAACUUGAGCAACGAAAAAUCAGUUCUACAUAGUUCGCUACCAGAUGGUGGUUCAGUGUCUUAUAAAAGUGUUCUGAAUGACAUUAUGGAUAUUAAAGACUCAUCAUAUAAUUCAUCGGUUUGGCAAGAUCACGAAACUAACGAUUCAGAAACAGGGUCCGAGUCUGAAUCUGGUCUCGAAGCCGAUGGUUUAGAUGAGGGAUCUGGCUCUGAAGCAGAUAACAGUAAUGAAGUUUAUAUGAAGAAGUUAAGACCUAAUCCUGAAAGUAAUUAG